AUACUUCAAAUGUUGUUCGCCAUAUUGCCAUAUUCGAUAAAGAAGUGCACAAUUUUUAAGGAGAUAGAGCAGUCAUCAACUCUUCGUCAAAAGCAAUGAAAAAUUCAACUCUUACAGUUAAUACAACCACAGAAAUGAAGACACCAGUUGCACCCCCUGAUGAUGAUGAAGAGAGUGCCGACAUAUUUUUUGAGGAAAAUUUUUUGAAUGAAUACUACAGUAUUCGAGACGAGGUUCAUGAUUUAUUAAAAAGUUUUUCUUGGAUUUGUGGUGGAUAUGGUGUACGAUGGAGACCCUAUCUAUCUUUGUAUGUGACUGUGGCAGCUGAAAGACAAAAUGAUGAAGAUGCCUUAAGAAAAGAAAUUGACGAAAGUUUUGGAUGGAAAGCUUCUCCUUACUUUGACUUUAAACCAGAACCAAAGAAAUCGCAAUUUCGAUGGUUGUCAGACCUAGAAGUAGUAAAAAAAGAGAACAGCCCUCGUCCUUCAAGUGAAAAAACUGACAAUGAAUGUGAAACAAGAGCAAAAGAGGUCAAAUUCCAAGGCAAACAAAGCUUAUAACAAAGAUAUGUAAUAAAUGCAUUUAGAUGACGAAGUUUUAUCCUGUCGUGGGCAAAGGUUGCUGACAGAGCAUUGAAUUUAUAAAGAUAGGUAAAGUUCUUCGUUUUAUUCGUCCUGUAUAUUUGCCUAGUACAUUUGACAAACGGACAAAUGAUUGUGGUGUCAGUUCUUAAACAAGAAUUUCUCAACAAAA